AUGUCGUACCAUCAGCGAACCAAGCGUCACGUGGACGUACUGGAGGCCAUAUUUCCCAAGCAGAAUCAGUAUUAUGCCUCGACCGCCGUGUCCAAGUCUGGCUCUUAUAACGAAGAUGUUGCUGAACGGAACCUUGCAAGUGGCUACCAGAGAUGCGGAAGUGGAAUUAGUCGUUACUCUCAGGUGAUAUCCGCAAUAUACCAAGAAGAUGUAGCAGAUCGGAAUAUGACCCAUUUCAGCCCUCCCAUUGUUGUUUCACCUCCGCCAGGCGAAGACCAAUCUGCUGGAUACAACCAGAGACGUGCCAUGGCCAAAAAGGUGAAGAAGAUCCAGGACGUGUCUGACCCAAAAUCAUCUGACGAGGAGGCCACUCUCAGAAAUAUUGCUUCGGACCAAGACAUCCGCAGGCUCCCAUCUUGUUUAAGUAAUGGCAAGUCAUCAGGCGGAAGGAAGCUGAACACAGAUUCUGAACAGACUGGCUCCUUGCGGUUCAGAAAGUCUGCUCCGGCCUUAUCUGUCCAAUUUGUCGGAGAGGACGAACAGGCCUCUGCUACAGGCUCUUCAGCCGGUAAAAGCCGUCCCCAGGCCAAAAGAGUCCGCCGUACGCGAACACAAUCGGGCAGCAGCCAUGUCAACCGGAAGCCUGAGACCAAGUCAUCAGAUUUACGGCCGGAACAUGAGAACUUAACAGAGGCAAAGGAAACAGCACCCGAAUCGCAAAAUUCGGAAAAUAGCUCCGAUCCUGCAAAUGAUAAAUCAAGCCGGUUGUUGUCUCCAAAUACUGCUAGAAGAGGCUCGAGGAGGAACGUUCAUGACCUCUCCAUCAACACGAAACUGGCUGCUCCGGGAAAAAAGUUUGCAAAAAUAUCAAAAAGGCCGUCCGUGGCAGCUGUUGCGGCGCCACCAUGCCGGGCACCAAAUGCCAGCCUGGAUGAGAUAGUAAACAGCCCGAUAUCUCUAACAAGCCCCGUAAACCCGUCCCCGAGGAUUACGGGAUUUACGGCGGCAGAAAUGCUGAACCUAUUUAAACAAGCAUACGCAGCAUCUCAAACAUCCACCUCUCGCCCUACCUUUGAAUCCCUCCAGGAUGCCAUUAUCCGUGAAAUUAACAGUCACGACGCAUUUAGCCACAUUACCCCCGAGAGUCUUAGCCCUAUCUCCCCCGUGCCAUCCCUUACUCCUGGUUUAAGCUCGGACGGAAGGCAUACAGAAAGAUCUAGUAGCCGACCUGCGACCGCUCUAUCGAGGUGCAAGAGUUUUUCUUCUUUCAGAGACGGAAGCCUAUCCUCUAAAGGAUACUCCCUCCUAGAACACCAUGCAAAACCAGAGCCUCCGAGACGAGAGCUGUCAUUCCCGGCGAUCAAAGAGCAUUGUGACACCGCGACCCGCAAAAGAAGACAUACUUAUUCCCAGUCGGCGUCAGCUCCCCGAGUGCGAAUUGCUGAAUCUGACAAUAUCCCACAUUCACUGGCCAGAUGUGCAACAGGAAAACGACCAAAGUCUUCCGCAGCUGCUGGCCAGUUGCCAAACGCAUGCCAGAUAAAAGGCCCAAUAAAACAGCCAGGUUCAGAUAUGCGCCAACAAGCCUCGCAUGGUUUCUUUUCAAAGGCAGUUUCAAUUCUCCUUGAUUCAUCCGAUACAUCGAAACAUUCACAGUCCACUCAACCCCUCCGCAAUAAUAUACACAGCGAUAGCGCUUCUAGGGUUUCUUCGCCAGGAUUGUCCAUCUUUGACGACGAAGAUGAGAAGCCUUUCACUACCCCCAGAGGAAAACACAAUACCCCUACAAAGCACUCUAAACUACAUCUGUUCAUACCCUCUCGCAAACCCGCACGCCCGAAACAUAUACCCAUUGUCAUUUCUGACGUUACAACCAACAAUGUUCCUGUCAAUCCUCCCUCUGGAAGUACGAAGAAAUCUUCCAGUAGCCCCCUGUCUUCCGGACGAAGGCGAAUGCCAUUUCGAAUAAUUGGAACUUAA